AUGUCCCCAGAGCCAUCCUAUGCAGUGGGGACCGCGCCAGACGAGUUCUAUGCCCGCAGUCUUCCGCCUUGGCGUGCUGUGGCCCGCAAGUUCGUCAUGCAGAGAUUGCAGGGCGAGUCCGCCUGGAUAGCAAAGAUGCAACAGAAGGUCCGCUCGCCCUUCCUCGAUUCCUACUUCAUGUAUACGAGCUCCUUGGGCACCCACACUUUUUUCAUGAUGGGACUGCCAUGCCUCUUUUUCUUCGGCUAUCCCGAGAUUGGCAGUGGUCUCAUCUUUGUUCUGGCAACGGGCGUGUACGUGUCCUCAUUCCUUAAGGAUCUGAUUUGCGCACCAAGACCGUACACGCCUCCGGUGUCUCGAUUAACAAUGGGGUCGCAUCACCUUGAAUACGGCUUUCCAAGCACGCACUCUACCAACAGCGUCUCCAUUGCAUUGUACGUAUACUCGCUCGUACACACGCAAUACUUCACUGCCGCCACUAUAUCGACUCUCACAUAUUCCUGCUUCUGUAUCUUUCUUGCCAUCUAUGUGUGCUCUAUCGUAUUUGGCCGUCUUUACACAGGUAUGCACUCGGUUGUGGACUGUGUAGGAGGAGUCACGCUCGGCGCGGGUGUAUGGGCUGCGUACGCAUUGUGGUGGGGAUCCGUCGAGGGCUGGCUAGUUGGAACAACUAGCUCUAAUAUCCUCCCCGACUGGACCUCGCCGAUUAUCGUUUCUCUAUUAUGCGGGUUGAUCGUCCACAGGCACCCUCAACCAGCAGACGACUGCCCGUGCUUCGAAGAUGCAAUUGCAUUUGUCAGUGUCCUUGGUGGCGGACUAAUCUCGCACUGGGCAUGCGAAAAGGUCGGCUUCGGCUACGCGGACCUCACGUCCCACAUGCCAGGUGACGCUUGGGCUUUCCUCGCCUCUUCAUCUAGCGCUGCGUGGCAAGCGUCCUUACUCUGGUGGGCGGUGGCACUUUUGAAACUCACAUCUGGGAUCGCGCUCAUCUUCGUAUGGCGUCUCAUUGCGAAGCCUCUCUUACACGCUCUCCUUCCGAGACUUUUCCGUUGGUUAUCGUAUGAACUCCCUAAUCGUAGGUUUUAUACCCCUGCCACAGAAUAUGAUGGUGCGGUACCCGAAGAAGGAUUACAUCCAAUACCGAGUGUGAUUGAUCUAUCUACAAUGCUCCAUGAGCAGAGUCAUUAUGAACUCGAUGGAGAACUUGGAGGGAUGAAGCGACGUAAAGGGAAGGGGCGGAGGAAGUCUACUGAUCUCAAACACCUGGCUCAGAAGAAAAUUGUGAACGGUGGCCUAUCGCAGAACGGUGCUAGUUCUAAUAAUGAAGAGUCGUCUAGCGAGGACGGCGAAGACGUCAUGCAUUACGACGCGGAUGUGUUGACGAAAGUUAUCGUAUACGCGGGUAUCAGUAUAUUCGCGACAAGUUUAAUCCCAAUUGCGUUUGAGGUGCUAGGUUGGGGAGUACACCCUUAA